CUCCCCUUUGUGCUCCUUAACUUCUCAAGAUAACCUUCGCAUGUGCCUUCUGUCGUACUUUCUUUCAUCGUAAAGUGCCUUUUGGAAGCCUGAACACCAACCCGAGCACACUUUCUCAUGGGCAUCCCAGCAUCUAUGUAAUCUAAUCUGAUCUAAUCUUCGGCAAUUGACGCUCCGUGCUCUGAUUGCACUGCGACUGCAGUUCAAUGGCACCUCUGCUCGGACACACGGACACCAUCGACGUCUGUCUGUUCGCGUAAUUGUUGCGCUGGAAUAAUCCAACAAAUAAACCCGUAAUUAAGUAAUCUACGGCAUCCAUCCAGCGAGGAUUAGAAGGAGGGAUCUGAAGCGGGGAAAGCGAACAUGAAGCUCAUUCGCCAUGUCUAAAACAGCGGUGAAGAAGCUGCACUGGCGCUCCAAGGUGCAAGACAGCUUUGUUCCCUUGCUGGGCUCAUCAGGUGAGCUGGGCAUCGCCAUCGGCGGAGGAGCAGAUUAUGGAGAGUUUCCAUUCGUCACGUCGGCUCCGGGAGGCAUCCUCACAGUGGGUGAUAUCAUCAUAGAGAUUGGGGGAACACCGGUGUUAGGGAUGACAUUAGGAGAUGUCCGGGGUGUACUCAACUCCAGCCCACAUCCCAUCCGGAUCAAAACUGUGUCACCAGGCUCCACAUUGUGCAAGGAUCUCAGGUUGUAUCUGAGUAAGUGCUUCACACCCGGCUCAGUGGACAGCCAGCUUCAGCAGGUCAUCAGAGAGAACCUCUACCUCCGAGCUGUACCUUGUACAACCAGACAGCCCAGGGACGGUGAAAUCUCGGGCAUAGAUUACAACUUUGUCUCCAUUGAAGAGUUCUUCUCCUUGGAGGAGUCGGGAGUGCUGCUCGAGAGCGGAAAGUUCAAAGGUAAUUACUACGGUACACCUCGGCCUGUGCACAUCAGCCCAGAGAGCCCUCCCAUCACCUACCAGGAGCACCGCAACCUGCUCAAAAACUUCCGCACACGCAGCAAAUCGCUCAGCAACCUGGAGAAGGCUGCAGAGGAGGGCGAGCACAGCGAGGAGGACUCGGGCCUGUCAGGAGGCUCUGUAGGCAUCAGCAGCUCGAUCCCACAUAGACAUUGGUCCCCCCGUCGACCCAGGGCGUCCAGCAGCGGGGAUGGACGAGUUGUAGAGAACGGGUUCAUUGGCGGCAGAAGCGGUGCCAGGGUGAGACGUGUGAUGCCUGAUCACUGGGAGCUGGCUUUUAGUGACCCAGGAGAGUCACACUAUGUAGAACGAAACCCAAAGAGGACCAGCUGGCAGAGUGCUCGAGCGUCAAGCCGUGAGACCGUCUACAAAAAUGAAUGGUUCACAGACCUGCCUGACGACCUCAGAGGUUUCCCUGUGCACACACACCUGACCAAGGGCUCCAGAGGGUUUGGCUUCAACAUUGUUGGAGGCAGCAGGCCGAGGGAGUUUCUCCAGGUGUACAGUGUGACUUCAAGUGGACCCUCAGCACUCAAGACAGCGGACAUCCUGGUGUUCAUCAAUGACGUUUGUGUCCUGGGAGUCUCUCACAAAGAGGUGGUAGAGAUGCUCAAGUCGGUGCCUAUCGGCCACACUGUAGACGUGGAGGUCAGAAGAGGGUAUCCCAUGCUCUACAACCACGACGGCUGUCCUAAACAGCCCCCGCCUCAUGUACUGGACAGUGGGGACCCCCUCCUACCACUACCCACCACCACCCAGCCGCUGCCUCUACACCAACUACCUCGCCACACCACACCCAGCCCCCAGCCCCAGCACUUCACUUUCAACGGGGUCCACAGCGACGUGAGCUACAUGGAGCCAGGUGUGACUCUGGACGCCAACGGGAACGCCAUGUCCUACACCAUCAGACAGCCGCCUUCAUACAGACGCUCCAGUCUGAGCAACGCCACCUCCUCCGCCCCCCUGCGUCCGCCUCGUUCAAACAGAAGUUUAGCCAGGCUGCAGUCGUAUGACCCCACGCUCGCCAGUCAGAGUGACAGUGAAGUUGUCUCAGCCAUCGGUUCACACAGGGCAUCAAUGAUCCGUAACCACAACAACAACUCCCUCUCAACACCCCCUCAUCAGAUACGUUACGGCACCUUCAAGUCCUCAGAGAGCGACCUGUCCACCUGCACCCUAUCCGGCUCCCGCCUGCCCCUCCCUCAGUCCCCGAGGCGGCCCUCGACCUCCCCUGGCGGCCCCUACAGCGCUCGCUCCCGCCUCAUCAGACCGCAGACCGCCACACACCUGCGACCGCCCCGCACACCUGAGAGCCCCCACCGCGGCUACAACGGUUAUCUCGCCAACACCAGCCCUACAGCCAGUCCCAGCAGCAUGUCCUCUCCCGGAGCGAUGAGCAUGGGCAGUGGAGUUGGCAGUUUGAGCGGAGGGGAGCUGGUGCCAGUGGCCUUGGCCCAGACUGAAGGAGACCAAGGACUCGGCUUCAGUUUGACAGCCGGCGGUCCAGGAGGGAGGAUGACUAUAGUGAAGAGAGUGUGGGACAGGAAGCAGUGCAACUCCCUGCAGCCAGGGGACGCCAUUAUCAAAAUCAAUGGAGCAGAUGUUCAGAGUCUCAGCUUUUCACAGGUACAAACCAUUCUCCAUGAACACACCAGACAGGCAGAAGUCAUCUUGUUGGUUUACAGAGGAGGCAUCUAUCAUUCAACCAUCUCCCCCGGCUCAAUCCGUAGACUCCCCCCGCCUCACCUCCGACCCCCUCCUCCACCUGUCUCUUUAGAAAACUCCUCCAUGCUCACAGACACUCUGCCUAUACCCCGCACUUCCAUCAACACCCCUCCUACCUCCCCAGCCAGGAUGCGAACCUCUCUGAUCCAGAGCACCAGUUUCCUUGAGUCCAUUCCAGUGACCCUGACCAUGGAGCCCAAAGACUGGAUCAACACUGGCCUGGAGGACGAGGCGGGCGGUGUCACGGUGCCUGAUUCGAGUCUGGAGAGGCAGGGUGUCGAACGAACCCGGCCGCUUCGAGGGUUUGAUGUGGAGCUGAAGAGGAAACCCGGGGAAGGCUUUGGGUUCGUCAUCGCCUCUCAGGAUGUGGAGAAUGGCAAAGCUGCUUCACUCCUCCCUCACCGCUUUGUGACGGUUCGACGAGGCAGCCCGGCAGCCAAGAGUGGUCAGAUCCGACCUGGAGAUCGGUUGGAGGCGGUAGAGGGACGCUCAGUGGUGACUCUGCCUCAUCGGGAACUCGCUCAGAUCCUUCGUCGAGCAGGGAACACUUUGCGCCUCACUAUAGUCCCUCGUCCAAGCACCUAUGCCAACAGCCUUUCAGAAACCAACGAGUUUGACUCCAGUCACAGAAGCAGAAAAGGUCAAAGGUCGCGUCCAAAGCGUGACUCCAGGUAUUACAGCGUGGAUUUGGAUCGAGGCCCGUCAGGUUUUGGCUUCAGCCUGCGAGGGGGCAGCGAGUACAACAUGGGCCUGUACGUCCUUGGACUGAUGGAGGGGGGGCCGGCCUCGAGGAGCCACAAAAUGCAGGUCAGUGACCAGCUGGUGGAGAUCAACGGAGACAGCACAGCGGGGAUGACGCACAGCCAGGCGGUGGAGCAGAUCCGCAGAGGAGGCCAUCGCAUCCACCUGGUGCUCAAGAGAGGAAACGGCUACGUGCCAGACUAUGGCCGUGAAAAUCCCAGAAUCACCUCCCCCUCCCUCCUGCGUCACCCCAAGGAGCAGGGUUUGGCUGCAGUAGACUCCACGGGGCGGAAGGGGCGCAGCACCAAGCAGAAGAGGAGAAGCAGGUCUUUAGAUGGACGCCAGAGGGAGAGAUCUACAGCAAGGAGGAGAAAGAGACACGGUUCAGAAGAGGGAGGCGGAGGAGGGCGCUCUGAUUUAAAAAGCCCAACCUCUGAGCUGGAGGAGAGGUCUCCAGAUGCAAGAACAAGCAGCAGGAGGAGGAGGAGGAGGAGGAGAAAAGGUGUGUCUGAGAGUUUACCAAGAGAUGUCUCCAGGAGAAAUGAUGAUGAUGAGACAAAAAGUGUGACAGAGAGGGGACGGAAAAGAGAUAGACGGAGUAAAAGCAAGGAGAGGAGGAGUAGAAGUGAGGUGAGGGUGAGAGAAGCAGAGGUCGAGGAGCCAGAGCAAGCGGAGAAGGAAGAAGAAGAGGGGAAGGAUAAGCAGGAGGUACCUGCUGUUGAGGAAAAGGUGGAAGAGAAGAGAGAAGAGGAGCAGGAGAGAGUUAGUUCAGAGAAGGAAGAAAGUGAUGAUGAUGUUUUUCUUCCUAUUCCAAGUCCAAACCUAAAACUUCCCAGACCUAAGCUAGACUUGGAGGAGAAGGAGGAUGAAAACUGGGACAUGGUGGCAGAAUACAGAGAGCUGAGGAGUGAGAAGGAGGUGGAGGAGCAGGAUGAAGGCAGGGGUGAAAACAUAGAGCUGAAUCAGGAUCAGAGAGACAGCAACAGUGCACAGAGCAAUCAGGUGACGGGGCCUCUAUCGGGCAUUGAUGUGAUCGAUCCGCUGUCAGAGAGAAAGCCCUUCUCCUUCCUCACCUCCAUGCUGUCCCUGGAGCAGCCGGGUGACGAUGACUCAGAGUCUGGAGGCAGCCAAUCUGACGGCAGCGUGUCGGCUGCCAGCAUCUCCGGCCUCUCCCUGACCGCCACAGAAGCAGGCGGGCGCAGAGCCGCGGUGUUGCCAGGCCCUUGGCUCCUUCCCAGCGAGCAGAGGGUGGCACCGGUCGAAGACGGGGAGACGAGCCCAGGGGCGCCGACAGAGCAGGGAGGAGGAAGAAGAAGAAAAAACCCUUUCUCUUUACUUUUUAAAAGGAAGUAGAGCAUGAAAACAUCUGAGUAUCUGAUUUCAGAUUCUGUCAGUCUCACUGUGUUAGACCUUGACUUGUUUUCUACCAACAUCUCCUCACAUCCACUUUGAUAUCUGCAGUAGUAUGAAGUCAUGUUAUUUGUGCCUUUUUACAGCUGACCUCUGGUUGGUGUCUAACAUUUAUAUCUCAUGUUAAUCUGUAAAUGAACAUGCUAAAGUUCUGUCACAUGUUUUGCUGGUGAAACAAACCAUAGUAUUGUCUUUUUUAUGAAGCACUCCUCUUUUCACGUUUGGAGGAUUUUGUGAUCAUUUUCAGGAGAGUUGUUCUGAUACCAACCCUGUAUCUGAAAUGCCUCCAACACAGCCUACAAUGCUGUAACUGGUUUUGGCUGUUGACUGUAUAUAAAGAUGGUUGACAGGUCUCCAAUUCCUCUCGAUGUAGAAAAGUGAAGCCAAAUUACCCCCUCAACAGGUGCUCACAUAUUGUACCAGUGAGUUCGUUUGGAACCAGACUCUAACAUCCCACCCCUUUUAAAGCAACUUUAACUCCCUUAUGAAACAACAACACAGAUUCCUCAGGUCAGAACAGUCUACAUCAGAACAGAUUCAUGUGUUGGUCUGAAGCAGACAAUCAUGGUUAUGUAAAGUUGAAGGCUCUUGUGAUAGUCUUCCUUAGGUUUUCUCCAGGGCUGUCCAAAGAUUGCAUUUUUUAAUCACAGUUUUAAUCACUUGUUAAAAAUUCCAUUAUUUUGAAUUUCAGAACAGCUUAUACUUUAUUAUCUUGACUUUUACCUUCAUUAUUCUCCAGUGUGGUCUGAAACGAUGACUUAAGGGUAGGAGACCGUUUCAAAGUGCUUAUUUUGUGAAAUACAGUGUUCAUCUUUUUUAAAGGAUAACACUGAAACACAAUAAGACAAGUGCAGAAGGGCAAGUACAAAAUGUCCAAUACAGUUAUUCUGAGAUCAGUUUGAUUACACACUGACGUCCAGUGAUCCCCAGUUAGUGCAACAGCAUUAACACUUGUCAGGAGUUCCAGUUUGGUUGCUUUCUCUGUUUCCCACACGUCCUGUAUGUGUGAAACUGUUGGAACAACAGUAACAGUCAAAUUCCACCAGAUCCGUGUCUGGUCCCUCUCUGAUCCAUCACGGCACUGGAUCUGAUAGGUUUCUAUUUAAGUCAAUGUGUUAACUGCCACUGGAUCCACUCCAUUGCGUUAUGGCUGCGUCUCUGAUCCAGCAGGUCGGAACGCAAAGUAUCAGAUACGCAAGACUUCUACUUUUGCCAGACGCCGGAGCACGACACAUCAAUCAGCACAGAGCAGAUGGAGCAGGACAGGAAGUCAGGCACCAAAACAGAAUUAAAACAUCUGGUUUAUUUUCAGAAUAAAACACUCUGUGUUAUCAUUAGAUCAUUUUUAAUUUAACUAUGACAACAAAAUGUCAUUUUAAGCGGAGGCAGGCCUGGAGUCAACAGGUCAGAGGUUUUCAGAGGCUGAUAAAGACAACAUGAAUGAGGAGAGGAGCGCAAACCUCGGUCACAUGACUCCAGCUGUCUGGCGGUCCUGCUCCGUGCUACAUUCCGAAAACGCAGCCGGUGGGUGUUGACGGAUGAGAGAGCACGGAUCUGGACCGCAAUGGAUCGGACAUUGGAGAUGGACAGGACACUUAUCUGGUGGAAGUCCCGUCUAAGGCAUAUCACAACAUGCCAACCUGAGGGCGUCCUUUAGACUUGAGUCUUCACGGUGGUAAAUGGUAAAUGGACUUGUACUUAUGCAGCGCUCUUCUAGUCUUUCUGACCACUCAAAAUCCUUUUACACUUCUCACCACAUUCACACACUGAUGGCAGAGGCUAUCGCAACAUCAGUAUUAGCUAAUCUCUUUCAUACACACUCACACCCCGCUGACCAACAGAGGGAGAAUUUGGGGUUCAGUGUCUUCAGAGAGUCCUUCCAAUUGAGAGAUGAGUGACUCUACCACCGAGCCACAGCCGCCCCAGUGUUAACCUGCAGUCCCCCAUUUAGUCACCAGGGGGAGCUCUAAAGGAUUUGGCUUCACUUUUGGGAAUCUGUCAUUUUAUCCAUCUUUGUAUACAUUCAAUGGUAAUGGUGAGUAAGCUGGUCAGUGUACCCAUCUGAUACCAUAAAUUAUGAGCCACAUUAAUAUGAUGCAGCUGCUUCAAACAACAAGGGAAAUAUUUGAGUUACAUUAUCAUGCAAUCAAAGCAAUCAGCCACAGUGUUCUGAUAGCUAAGAGGGUAAGUGCUAUCCACAAAUUCUUAUAGUUUUUUUGUUUUUACCAGUUACACUUCUUUAAUUCAGACUAAGGAUGAUUAAAUUGAUAAAACAUAAAUGAAGCAGUUUCAUGUUAAAACGUUGUUUUUCAAUCACUCCACAGGGGGCACAGGAAGUAUGGGCUGCAGGCAGAGCCAUCACUCAUCUUAGUUUAGCCUGCGCUACUUGAUUUGUUUUUUUUCUGUCGCUCUGAGUCCCACAGCUACACAACAAUGGUGGCAAUCACACAAAUUACAUAUUUUGGAAUUGUAUACACUUAAUAUGUUUAGAUUGUUAAUGGCAUCAUUCUUUUUCAAUCACCCCGGUAUCAGAGGGGUACUUUGAAUCAGCCAAUACCUAAGUCCAUGUCUAAGAAAACAACGUCAGGUAGACAAAAAGGCAUCAGAACAUAACUAGUUUCCAGGACAACGAGGUAUUUCAGACACCUUGGUUUAAAUCACUUCUUCAACUUCUCUGCCUCCCUGCUAUCAAGCCACUUCAGCAGAGCCUCUCCUCUCUUAAUCACCCCCUUACUGUAAAAAGACUGCACAGACAUUCACUUAUACCUCAUGAAGAUACUGAGCAAUAAUAAUGCAACUGUCCGAGACAGUCAUCCAUUUCCACUGCGCCACUUCCACCUGGUCUGAGAGGAAGCCGUGUUUGAAUGAAAUCCUCUGAUGUGGACACUUGCCUCGACUUGUAAUGUUGUUCCAUUUAACUGAAUAUUUGAUUGUGAUGAUGCAAAUCCCUUUUUUAGACAGCAGGUGUGGAAUCUAUAUCCUGUAAAUAUUUGUAUAGAAAUAAAUGACAGAACUUAUUGUAAAUACUGUGCUAAGUGGAGCAAGCCCUGUUUGUAUUACUUUAUCGUAAUACAUCAUGAUAAGUCAAAUAUAAAAGUAUAUGCAGUAUAUCUAUAUAUUACAUACAACAGAUACCCGUACAUAUUAUUUAUUAUAGUGUGAAGAGAUAUAUUGUGAAAAGUGGUAUAUAGCUUUUGUGAAGGCUCUUAUCGUAAACAGACUAUAUUGGACCUGACUAUUCAGACAUGAAUGUUUUGUACUAAGCUGCUCGGGUGUUGAUAAGGAUGCUCUGUGUCGUACCCUCCUUCAGACGUCAGAAAAAGAUGCCAAAAAUAUGCACAUGGGGUGUGCAUAUUUCCAGUACUGUUAAUAAUAUUGUGUGUGAGGUCAGAACAAAAACACGAUCUAGAUUCUAGUGAGUGCUGUGCCCAUCGUGCCACGUACAGUUGCCUUGGUAACAUAAAUCACUUUAUCCUAACCGCUGAUUCUUUCUUACUGUGAAAACCCUUUUUCGCUCUGAGGUCCCUAAUAUGAGAUAAGUGGGCGAGCCGUUUAGUAGCUCCAGUCAUGCCAAAAAAUAAAGGCCCUUACUGUAAAUCCACAAAGAUAAUACUUAGGAUAAAUCUCUGCAGGAGAUCAGCGUGCAUCUAAGAUGGAAAACAGCACAUCGUUCAGUUUUUGUCCUCAUUUUUGAAAAAGUUUUGUUUUAAAAUCUAGGAUACAGUGAGAUGUUAUUUUUCUAUGAGAUUAUCUUUUUGGAAAUACUCAGGUUUUCAGAUACUUUGCUCUAUAGAUAAGCCAUUAUUAGGAAGAAAAGCUACAAAGUGACUUCAAACCAUUUUCAGAACAUUUGAUUUAAAUGUUAAAGCUGUUUUUUUUCCUCUUUUUUUGCUUCAAUACAGCAUAAUGAGACGCAGACUGUUACAGCUGUUUGUUACAAACCCAUAAUCAUCUAAAGGUUGAUUCUAAAAAUGAAGUUAUUCCUUCAUUCGUACCCAUUCUGAACAAACCGAUGUGUUGCCCUGCCCGUGUGUUUGCAUUACUGUGCUGCUAGCACAGAGACCAAACCAACAUACUGUACUCCCCAACCAAUGAGCAUACAGAGUAGCUUGGUAGCCUAUAUGUCAGACUUAUUUUAUAACGUUUGCUAACGCUCUGUUUUUAGAUUUUCAUUUCCCAUGGGGGAUAAUAUGGCUGAACUGUAAACACGUUCUAAUAAAACUCUAAAUAAACUGCUGAACC